AAGCGCGCUGAGCACCGGGGUAGGGAGUGGAAAGAAAAGGUAGGAGUUGUGUGUAUAUUGGUUACCUCUAAAGAGUUGUUUAUCAGAUCCAGCUGGUGGAGGUACCUGACUGACCCACGAAUCUCCUUGCUAUUAUGGAGUGAAGUGUAAUGGCAAGUCAAAGGAUCACGCGUGAUACACUUGAUGCUGUAGUACAAAAGAAAAUGAAAAAGUACCGGAUGAGCUUCAACCAAGCACUUUCUGAAACUAUCCGUGAAUGUCAACUUGAAGGUGCAUCAGAGUCAAGGGCUCCAAUGGAAAACUAUGAUGCUCUUUAUAGGGACAGUGAAAGAUACUCUCUUCGUGAUGAUUUGGACAGAAGCUGGGAUAGAGAGGAAAUAGCUAGUCCGUCUUACCUCGGAGAUUAUAGAAGGGACCUCUCUUCAAAUCGACUUAAUGAAACAUGUUUAGACAGAUGGAGGCAAGAUAACCCUUUGGCAAGGGAAAGGUUAUACAGAGAAGAACUUGCUUCCUCUGAACGCCGAUUACAGGAUCUUGAAGCCCUUAGAGCUAGAGAACGUAGUGAAUUACUUUCGAGGGACCUUGACUAUGGCUCCAGGCGUUGGGAGCUUGAACAAAACCAAAUGCAAGCUGCAGAGUACAGCUUGGCCAGACCAGCAGGAUACAGGGAUUUGAAUUCACAAGUGAAUCGUUUUGAGCAGAGAGGAAACUAUUCAGGCCUUAUGCAGUCUGCAUUUAAGUCUCCAGGGACCAGGGGAAAGGGACCUGCAAAACAAACAAGAGGUGGUAAGGUGCAGCGUGGCCUAGCACGGAAAGGGCAAGCAGCCCACCAGGGCCCGCAAAGAGGUGGGCGAUCUGCUCAGGCAAGCCGUUUAAAUGCUGGAAAAAAAGGUGAAGCAGCAUCUCAACCUCUGGGUGGUGAGCUAUCCAGAAACCCAUCAGCAGCUGUAAAUGCAGAAGAGCAAAGUGCAGCAUCAAAAUGUGGCUUCGAAAUUCUAAGGUGGGCCAAGUUCAACUCCCUGGAAAACCAUAGUGACCUUGUAAAGCAGCACAAAGCUCUGUUCACAGUGGAGACUGAGGCUUGUAAUAAAAUUGUGGAGUGCUUCAAAUAUGCAAUGCCGACUUCUCAAAGGGAACGCUGCUUUAAUACAGUAAAGUUUUUAAAUCACCCAGCUCUGAAAAAUCCAAAGGUAGACAAUGAACUAUUGGAUCUUUUGAUUGAAACGCACACUGUGCAAAACCUAAAUGAUUUCUUUGAAGUAAUUAAACCUUUUGACAAGGAGAUGCUGAUAAUUCAGCAGCGUCUCAUAAAAUGUGCUAUUCCUUUGCUGAUUGCCUGUAACACUUUUGAGUUGAAGCACUCAAUUCUGACUGAUCACCGGCAGCUAAUUGGUGCUCUUAAAAACACAGUGUUUUUGUGCCGUAAGGCUAUGGUCCUCCUAGGACAAACCUUUACCAUGUCAGCAGCCGCCAGACAAAAUAAUAUUUUGAACGUCCUUGGCCUGUCUGACUUUGAGCUGAAACCAUCAGACUUUCCAAAUGUGAAAGACUCUUUCCUUUUUGGGAGAGAUUUCAUGCAACAACUGAAAAGUUGGUUAAAAAAUAAUGAUAGAAAACCAGCCUUAAAAAGAAGGAACCUACCUGAAGAGGAAGGGAAAGCUGAACCUCAGCCAACUGUAGAAGAAGAAGAAGAAGAAAGCAAGGAUGAAAAAGCAGAUCCUGAAGUUGUUGCAGCAAUAGACAAGCUUCUAGAAAAUGCAAAGAAUGGCUAUCCAGCUAAUGAACAAAAGCCAGCUUUUUGGUUCUUGUUUGAUGAGGACAGCAGUGAAUUUAAAUAUUACCAUCAAAAACUUGCACAGUUCCAGGGUAAAACACAGGACACCAUAAUUCAAACAAAGAAGCUCAAUAAAGCCCCCGAAAAGACAACAAAUGAAGCAGUGAGAGCCAUGUUAUAUGCAAAACAAUCGCUGGCAAUAAAGAAAAGGAUAUUUAAAAGUCUGGCAUACUCAAGAAAGCAGAGACUUAGGAAGGCUAGAGUCAAGCGCUCCACCAGCAAGCCUGCAACGCUUACACCAAAAUCCGAACCCAAAGAGGAGGUGCCUGAAGCAAAAACAGAGGUUGAAGAGCUAAAGAAAGCUGAAAGCAAACUUUCCACAGAGACCACUACCAUUGAACCACCAAAGGUGAAAGAGGAGGAGGUAACAGAAAGUGUAAAUGAGAAAUCCUCAUGUGAUCAAGAGGAGCUUGAUGCCAAGACCAAGGAUACGGCAAUAAAACUUUCACAGUUUGUAGCACAGAUGGGCCCUGAACUGGAGGAGUUUAGCAUGGAAAACAGCAUAAAUAACCCAGAAUUCUGGUUCUUACGAGAAAAGAACAGUCCAGCAUAUAAAUUUUAUCAGAGUAAAGUUGAGGAGUUCAAGCGUGCCCAGGAAGAGGCAGCAGAUGAUGAUGACGACGAUGAUGAUGACGAUAUUAAUUUGCUGGAAGAUGAUGGAGAACUGGAAAACAUUAGAACAGGUGAUGCUGAGGAUUCAGAUGAGGUUGAGAUGGAUGCAGAGUGUGAAGCUGCUGAGGCACCUUCUGUGGAAAACCCACUGGUUGCUGCCUUUACCCCAAUGCCCACCCCAGCAAUGCCUCCAUUACGGCGGAAACGUGUUACAAAACUGAAAGUUGGCAUGCUGCCAGCCAAAAGAGUCUGUCUAGUGGCAGAGCCCAAAGUACAUGAUCCAGUUCGAAUAGAAUAUGAACGACCUCGUGGCCGUAGUUAUAACAAAAACAAGAAACCAGCUGAUCUAGAGUUUGCCAACAAGAAGCUAACCGAAAGAAAUGUGGGUUUUCAAAUGCUGAGCAAGAUGGGAUGGAAAGACGGACAAGGACUAGGUUCCAGUGGGUCAGGGAUUAAAAAUCCAAUUAAAGUGGGUGCAGUUUCUUCAGGAGAGGGCUUAGGUGUGGAAGGCGGUGAGACUUCAGAGACCAACUUUGAUGCUUUCCGUCAAAGAAUGAUGCAAAUGUACAGGAAAAAAAUUACCAAAUGAGUAGGAUUCCUGAAGAAAACCGCAAUCCAUGAAAUAGAUUUCCUACAGUAGAUGUUAAGGGUUUCAUUAUUUACCUUUUUUCUCCUUUUUUUGAGCCAUGUGCAAGGCAUCUUUUUUUGCAUGACGUACAGCUAUUGCUGUCUGGUGUUAGUGGGAUAAAGAAGUGUUCAUUACUUUCUAGCAUUUUUUUUAAUCACAUUUAUUUUAUAUAAUUUUUAAAUGUCAUGUUUUUACAUGCAAUUCAGCUAUUUUUUUUUUUACAGUGGCAAACUGUAAACCCUGUUAACAUGUUGAUUUAGAAUCCUAGUAACGUGGGUAUUGUGUGUUGUGUUCCAGCAGUUAGUUUUCAGAAAAUAACUGUUGCAUGGCGUAGAGAUUCAGAAUAAAGAUGGGUUUCUGGUUUUAGUUUCUAAAGAAAUGGCUUGCUAAUCUUUCAUGAAAAAAGCAAGUCAUGAGUUAUUUCAACUGGAAAUGGCUUUGUUGUAAUUUCAUAACCUUCAAAUAAAGUAUCUUAAGCAA